AGGAUGAUCGGACGCUUCAAUAUUUUUAGUAGUAGGUUACUGUGACAAUAUGAAAAAGUUAUAUCUGAAUUAGUAUUCUUUCCAUCGCGAAGUCCGAUUUUGCAUCCGAAAUGGAUCGCUAUCAAGAGCGGGAAGAGCUCAGACACAUAGUUCAACAAUGGAACGCAAACCGACUCGAUCUUUUUGCGUUGUCGGAUCCUAAUGAAGAUUUGGAAUUCCAUGGAGUGAUGCGGUUUUAUUAUCUGGAUGACGGGUCGAAGGUGGCAACGAAGUGCAUACGUGUUUCCUCCACUGCGACGACAAAUGCGGUCAUUGAAACUUUGAUAGAGAAAUUUAGACCCGACAUGCGAAUGCUAAGCAGCCCUGACUACUCUUUGUUCGAAAUCCAUGAAACUGGAUCUGAGAGGAAGAUGUCUCUGGAUGAAAAGCCGCUGUUGGUCCAGUUGAAUUGGCAUAAGGACGAUCGAGAAGGCCGGUUUCUUCUCCGUCGAUUCGACGAUAAAUCAAAUGCGGUUCCAAGCCCGAUGGCUGAAAGUAGUUUCAAGCGGAAAUUGUCGAAGCGUGAGAAGAAGCAGCUCAAGAAGCAAGAAAAACUACGUCGAAUGAAAUCCGGUAGUGGCGCGACUCCAGAGCAGCCAUCAAAUGUGGCUGAGAAGCUGUACUCGGAAUUGCCUGAAACUAGUUUCACUCGUAGUAUCAGUAAUCCCGAAGCAGUCAUGAGGCGUCGACGUCAGCAAAAGCUUGAGAAGAAGCUACAGCAGUUUCGUUCUCGUGAUGGUGGACCAGACACUGGCGGCACUCUCAAGAUAUAUGGUGAAUCUUUGUGUCGAGAUGUUCCAUAUAAAACACUGCUGUUGUCUGUGAAAGACUCAGCCGCAACUGUGGUCAAAGAAAUGCUGGACAAGUACGGACUGGAUAAUGAAGAAGCUUUCAACUAUUGCCUCAUUCAAGUGGUCACUCCCGGUUCGGCAGAAGGAAACAACGGGCGCAUCUCCGCCACCCGUGAAUACGUUCUCGAUGACGACGAUUGUCCAUUAGCAAUUCUAAUGAUGCAACAGUCCGGUUCAAUAACUUUCCAUGUACGAAAGCGCCCCGCUGAUUAUCAGCCUCGCAAGCGGAAGAAAAAGAAAGAACCUUCUUUGAACGAAUCCCAAACCACUCUGGUUCCGCCUGGAACCCCAUCCUCGCUUCCCAUGUUUUUAGAAAUCAAUCCGGACGGGAGCGAAAUGCGUUCGGGGUCGCCAACUCGGUACUUUCUUCAACUGAACGUUACGGAGGUCGGAUCUGCUGCUCCGGAUGCGAACCACGGUGGGCAAUGUUUACAAAUCUUUGGGCCCAGCAUACAACCCAGACACUGUGUUAUUGCUCACAUGGAGGGCAUAGUCACCGUUACGCCGUGCUCCCGAGACGCGGAAACGUACGUGAACGGUCAGAGAAUCUAUGACACCACUCUGCUUCAACACGGCGCUGUCGUCCGCUUUGGACGAGUUCACACGUUCAGAUUCCUUGACCAACCAGCCUCUCGCCCUGUAUCGUAUGUUGAACAGAGGGGUAUUUUGGGACCAAUGCCAGUGGGAACUCCGACAGAUAAUCUUUCAAUAUUGAGCAAACGAGACAGCCGCGUGUUCAGGACUGAGCCGAUUCUCCCCGCCAGUUUGGAAGUUGGUGAAGCCACGGAAGACGGUUUCUUCAACGCAGUCAUCCGCAAUUUGGAUCCGAAUUUGGUGCAUUUCAAGCUGGCGCCUACAUAUGUGUUAUACUUGGCUGCCCGCUACCGCGCUUCAAAGCAUUUCCGUGAAGAACUCACUCCUCCGGAACGCGCCAUCAAACUGACCCACACGCUGACCAAAGUGGCCCGAAUGAUUGAACUCACUGCGCAGUCUUCAAAAAAUGAUCCAGGAGCGUUGGCGUUUUGGAUGGCGAAUGCCUCGGAACUGUUGCAUUUCCUCAAAUGCGAUCGUCACGUGUCUGCCUACAGCCUCGAUGCGCAGGACAUCUUGGCCGAGUGUGUUCAGGUCGCGUUUCGGAACCUGGUCGGUGGGCUGACGCGGGACUUGGACAUGGUCAUGAGUGAUUUGCUGGGCGGCGCCGGAACGAGGCGGGUUGUUGAAUGCUUGUCUGCUGGGAUGGCGACUCUUCGUCGUUGUCGCGUGAAUGCUGCGCUCACCAUUCAGCUCUUCUCUCAUCUCUUCCACUUUGUCAAUCGGUGGAUAUUCAACCGCAUUGUUGGUGUAACAGUCUGCGAACAAGGGAAUUUAUGCUCGACUCAAUGGGGCCAAGCUAUUGCGGAGCGUCUUUCCGACUUGGAAACAUGGGCCGAGAAGCAGGGACUGGAUUUGGCUGCGGAUUGUCAUUUGGCUCGCAUAACUCAGGCUGCGCAUUUACUUCAAGCUCCGAAGUGGACGCCUGAAGAUAUUGCGAUGAUCUCCAGUGCCUGUUUCAAGUUGAACUCGAUGCAGCUUCGAGUCCUUCUUGAAAAGUUCACCCCGUCGAGGAAUGAGCCUGAAAUCCCGAGAGAGCUGGUGGACAGCGUGGUUCGGGUCGCGGAAAACACCGCUGACGAAUUGCUGAAAGCCGAUGGCCGCGUUGUCCGUCUGGAAGAAGACGAAGAGCUCGGACUAGCAUUCAUGCUUCCUGAAGAUGGAUACAGCUGCGACGUGGUGCGUGGUUUCCCACAGGGGCUUUCCGAGUUCCUUGCGGGCUUGCAACGUGCUGGCUCGUGUCGGCUUGUAGCACAGCCUGCGAGUCCCGGAUUAUGGACCAUUUACAUGAACCCUCCGUCCACGACGCCGCCGGUGCAAUACUCGGCUCCGAGGCCAACUUCGAGGGCGGCAAACGUUCCUCAGCAGCAGCCGCCGCCGCAACAACAACAGCAACCCCUCGUCCCGCAGCAGCAGCAGCAGCAGUCGCCUCAGCUACCAGCUGUCGUUACUAUUCGGUUGCAGAAAUCAAAUUCUGGUAUGGGACUGAGUAUUGUUGCUGCGAAAGGUGUAGGGCAAGACAGGCUCGGAAUUUACAUCAAAAGUGUUGUGAAAGGUGGUGCUGCUGAUCAAGAUGGAAGGUUGCAAGCUGGCGAUCAGCUUUUGCAAGUUGAUGGGCAUUCUCUUGUCGGGAUAACGCAGGAAAAAGCUGCUGAGAUCAUGAUGAAAACAGGAGCGACGGUCGUUUUGUCCGUAGCGAAACAAGGAGCGUUUUUUCAUGGCCUAGCCACGCUGUUGUCUCAGCCGUCUCCGGCCAUUACUCGAGCUGGAGCACAAGAAACUAUGCCGCGACAUACGAGCGAGAGAGACAUCCCGGGUAGCGUGGCGUCAACGUUGGGUCCAGGCAAUGUGCCGCCUUCGCAACACGCGUACUCGCAAUCGUACCUGGCAACGAGCUCAGUUCAGCAACGACGCCCAAUGCCGCCACAAGCCAGCGGAAUCAAUCCUGGCAGCGCCGUGUACCCGGGCCAGCGACUCCCGGCGUCCAAAUCCGUGCCAGCGCUGCAUUCGCACGAUGAGGCACCGCCGCAGCGCCAAAUGGCAACAACCCCGGUGCCACCGCACCAGAUGCACCAUCAGCUACAACCUGGCUCUCAGCAGACGCAACAGCAACAACAACAUAAUCACCACCAUCACCAUCAGCAGCAAUCAUCGCAGCCUUACCCACAUCAGCAGCAGCAUCCGUUGCAUCAUCAUCAUCAGAAGCCGGAGAUGCAGACCCAUCACGGCUACCAGCAUCGUUCGACUCAGAACUUGGCAUCGCCUUCCGUGGCGGCCGGUGCAUUUGCCACUCCUCCGGGCACGUAUACGAGCACACUGCCGUCUCGCGGCCAUUUGCAACAGCACUCUCGUGGCGCCAAAUUUCAAGAGAUGAGUGAAGAAGUGCGACGCAGAGAAGUGCGUGGAAUGACCGCGGUUGGUGGUGGACGCGCGGGAGGAGGAGCGACACCGCGAACGGAGUUGCACAAUGGUCAGCUGCCGACGAGUGGUGGUGGCGGCGGCGGGACGUCGUCGACGUUGAGGCAUGACAGGAGCGGAUCUGUGCCGAUAAGCUCACAAACGCAGCUCAGUCAGCACAUCAGUAAGAUCGUCAGCCCGAAGAGCCCGUGGGAACGGGAAGCAGAGGAGAAGGAGGCGGAAAGACGAGCAGAAGCGGCGAGGUUGUGGCGAGACGAGCAGAUUGCUUUGCUCGAGUUGUUGCCGAGCUUGAAUCAAAGACAAGAGGAUCAACUGAAGGCGUUGCGGCUGGAACGUGAAUUCCAGCGAAGAGCGGAAGAAGAAUCCCGACGCCGGGCCACGAUUGACGAAGACGAACACGAAGAUGACGACGAUGACGACGACGAAGAGCAACUCGAGGACCGCGACGCUGCCAAAGAUCUGCGUGCGGAAAUCUCGCGUAGCCGAGACAGAUUCCUCAAUGACACCGUUGGGUCGACGGCCCAUGAAGAGGCCACUCGUCAAAUCGCGUCGCUCUCAUUCACUGAGCAAAACAAUAAUAAUAUCCUGAGGGCGUCGAAUCCGAGCCUCACGUCGCUCUCGAGGCAGGAGAAGUUGGAGGAGAUGCGACGAAAGGCGGCGCAGCUGGAGGCGGCUCAGCAGGUAGAGCAGAGGAUUAUUCGCGAGGCACAGCGGCGGCAGCAGGAGGAAGUCGUGAGUGGAUCUGGUGGCAGGAGGACGCCGAGGGGCGACGUGCCGCCGCCGCUGCCGAGCUCGUCGCCACCAGCUGAACCUGGGAUGCGUCGGCUGGAUAAUCUAAUCCGUUCCAAUGGCAUGGAAAACGGACUAACGGACUCGAACGCAAACCUGAACUACACCCCGACGCACCCGGAAACGUUCUUGUCCGAGGCGACGGAACUUCUGGCGCAGACAAGCCCUUUUGACACGUCAGCGGGUGCAGGCAAUACCCCUGGCGUGAUCGGUGCCCAGGAGGUGUAUCGCGAUCCGCGCCAGCGUCGUCUCGCCGAAAAAGCGUCAGCCGACACCACGGCCGCCUUGCCGAACCCCGAAAAGCUCACCUUCCGCGAGAAGAUGAAGAUGUUUGCGGUGGAAGGCACCUAAGGCAUCAUCAUAUCCCGGAGGACCACUGCAAGAUUUUCUAAGGUCCAGAGAGAGAGAGAUAUUGAAGACCAGUUUCAGUUUUUGAAUUCCACUCCCGUCUAAAGAAAAACGUGUGCGUGCGUCAGUGCUUUUAGUGGACGUGUGUGACAGAGCACGGGACAGAGAGGAGAAGAAAGAGGUAGAAAAGACACUCAAUUAUAUAUUUUUUUGUAUCGAGUGUUGUUACAAUGGGACGAUUGCGCUCGCUCCUCAGCAUGUUCGGAGGAACGUCAAUCAGUGCUUUUUAUUGGCCUCCAGAAAGCUUCCGAAGACUCAAGGAUUCCUCGUUUCUAAUUGAAAAACUUAAAAUAAAAAAUUAAUCACGUAACGCCUUCCGAAAAUCUUAUUCCCCUCUUUUCGAUAUGUCGUCUCACGUGUGAUCUUGGAAUUUUUCCGACUUAUCGUGUCCAUGUUAAUUUUUUUUUAAUCCUGCAAUUGUAAUGUUUAAAAGAUCACACUAUUUAAUGAUAUGCUUUGCAAGACAUCAACAGUGCAGUGAGAAAUUGUCGACAGUUUUUUAUUCUUCCUUCGUUGGACUUGGAAAGUUGGAAUGAUGACAUUUUUUUAAUUUUAACGAUGGUUCAUGAAGUUUCGGAAGUCAUGAUUGUAAUUUAUUAAUUGGGACCAAUAUUAUAUUUACUAAUGUACAUUUUAAUUUAUAAUUUCAAGUAAUAGCAUAACAUUUUAAUCCGGCUUGAGGCAAUUAUUUUCCUAUUUCUCGUAUGUGUUCAACAAUAACUUCAAUACUUCAGUGUACGUUCAAAAAAAACUUUUGAGUUUGCUGAUGGAAUAUUCGGCUUUUCCACUGAGCACCAACUUUUCAAGUGCUUAUAGUAGAAAAUCAUGCAUUUAUUUAAUGCAUAGAAAAUACGUGCUGAAAUAUCAAGCAGACAACACGACAGACGUAUGGCAUGAUUCUUUUCUCCCAUUUCGAACGUGGAUGUCAGUUUGAGUCUGGAAUUUUGUGGAUGGCCCAGGUGAUACCUAAUAUACUAGUGAGCAAUAUCCAAGGAAAUAUUUAUGUACUUAUAAAUAUUUUUCUGCGCUCCACGCACUGUGAACUAUUGACAAAAGGAACAAAACGUUGCAAUUUUGUUGAACGUCCUGAAAAGGCAAAAAGCUUGCACUUCUUCUGCUUUAAAAAAUAUCGCAACAUUGCCGUCCGUGAAUGAGUCUUUGUGCUGUUUACAUGGGGGUUUGGGGGAUUAUGGACUUCUUUACGACGUGCCUAGGAUUGUGAUGAGUGGAGUUUGCGAAGAGAAUAGAGGCAGAAGUGGAAGCAGUGAGUACAAAAAAGGAAAAAUUAAAACUUGAUGGAAAUCUUUCCCAGCGUCAGACAAACGUCGCCAAAAAAAAAAAGGGUUUCACUUUUUAUUUCCUCUCAAAUCGUUCGCCUGUUAUUAUAAUGCUUCCUCCCAAUUUGAGGACAUCCACCGAAUUAUUUAGGUGGUGUACGGUACGGGAUCUUCUAUUUUAUGGCGCUGAUUUUGUGGAGUUUUAGUGGCUGCUCGUUGUGUGGGUUUUUUUUCGCGCACCUCGAAGUUGAACGAUUUCGGGAGACUCGUUUUUGUUGUUUGUUUGUAGAAUUGUGUUGGAAUUAUUCAAUUUUCAUGGAAAAGCGGCUAAAUUGAGUGCGAACAAGGUCCAAGAAUCCGUUUAGGGCGAACCCGUGGCAUUUAUAUUCGGACGCGAAAGCGAUGGAUUUCUUGAGUGGAGAAUUUUUCUUUCGUUUUGAGUCGUGACUUCUUUGUGUUGUGGAGAAAAAAAAAGAACUGGAAAUGAACUUCAGUUUUAUCUGCAAA